GUUUUCCGACAAGAAAGAAAGGCUGAUGCAUCUUAAAACCAAACAGAGAGAAUUCCAAAACCAUGUUUUGAAGGCCAUGGAAGGGAAAGGGAUAACUGAUCAGCUGAGAUGGAAAAUAAUGUCUUGCAAGAUGAGGAUUGAGCAGCUGAAACAGACCAUUUGCAAAGAAAAUGAUGAAAUGACAAGACAUGCGGAAGGGCUUCUGAGAAUUAAAGAGGAGAACCAGAAGCAUUAUCGCAGGGCUCAACGGCAUCAGGAGAAGAAAGAGAAGAUCCAGAGGCAUAACCGCAAGCUGGGAGACUUGGUAGAGAAAAAAACCUGUGACUUGAAAACCCAGUAUGAGCAUCUGGCAAAACUGCGUCGGACGCGUAUCCUGGAGCUAACAUCAGUCAUAUUUCCCAUUGAAGAAGUAAAGACAAGCAUGAGAGAUCCUGCAGAUGUGUCUUCUGAGAGUGACAAUGCUAUGACCUCUAGCACUGUGAGCAAGCUCGCGGAAGCCAGGAGAACCACGUAUCUCUCUGGGAGAUGGGUGUGUGAUGAUCAUAAUGGGGACACCAGCAUCAGUAUCACAGGACCUUGGAUAACCCUUCCUAAUAACGGAGACUACUCAGCCUAUUACAACUGGGUGGAAGAGAAGAAGACUACACAAGGACCAGAUAUGGAACACAACAACCCUGCUUACACCAUCAGUGCUGCAUUGUGCUAUGCAACUCAGCUUGUUAACACUUUGUCUCUCAUACUUGAUGUGAAUCUUCCCAAGAAGCUCUGCAACAGUGAGUUCUGUGGAGAGAAUCUCAGCAGACACAGGUUCACGCGGGCAGUGAAGAAGCUGAAUGCUAAUAUCCUUCACCUUUGCUUCUCUCAGCAUGUAAAUUUAGAUCUGCUGCACCCACUGCAUACGCUCAGGAACCUUAUGUACCUGGUCAGCCCGGACACUGAGAACUUGGGCAGGUCUGGCCCUUUCGAAAUUAGCGCUGAUCUUGAAGACUCCAUGGAGUUUGUGGAUCCCAGUGCCACCGGCGAAACAGAUGAGAGCGGAGAUGAGCACGUCAGUGAUGAAGAGACAGACCUAGGGACAGACUGGGAGAAUCUGCCCAGCCCCAGGUUCUGCGAUAUCCCCUCUCAGCAGGUGGAGAUGCUGCAGAGCCAGAGCACGCAGGUCUCCCAGCCCAUCGCCAGCAGCAGCGCUGGUGGAAUGAUCUCGUCCGCUGCUGCCUCGGUGACCUCGUGGCUGAAGGCAUACACUGGACAUCGCUAA